CUGGACCCCGAGCCAUCCCCGGGACCCUCGGCCCAGCAGCAGCUGCGGCCCCUUCGAUGCCCCAGAGCCGGUGGCCGGUCCCUCUGGCCUGUGUGUCAGGAACCUGUCACCAUCCUGCGCCUUCUCCAGGAGACGGAAGAGGGCCAGGCCCCGGCGCCCACCCAGGCUGCCCAGGCCCUAGGGACCUGCCGGGAGCCGGUGGCCCAGGGGACGUCAGGCCCUCUGAGCAUGACCAGGAAUUCCAAGGACAAGCAGACCCCAGGCAGCCGAAAGUGUGGAAGCGGGGAACCCCCCGGGGCACUGGCAGCCCUGACCCAGAGAAGGUCCCGGAAGCAGCCGAAGCCUCGCCAGGGAGCCAAGCCGGCGGACCCCGGGUUCAAGGGGGUGACUCUGAAGUUCCAGAUUAAGGCGGACUCCAGCCUGCAGAUCUCGCACACCUACAGCUCUGUCCGGGACAGGAUGCAGACCCCCCAGGCUAACACCUUGUCUACCUCCAGCCUGGCCAGCAGCAGCCGCCACACUGAGGGAGCUGCCUCGAGCCUUGCCCGGACCACUGAGCCCAACUCCAGAGGCAGCGAGGCCCCGGGGCCCCGGCGCUGUGCUUCCUGCAGGACCCAGAGGACACCCCUCUGGAGAGAUGCUGAAGACGGGACCCCUCUCUGUAAUGCCUGUGGUAUCAGGUACAAGAAAUAUGGUACCCGCUGCUACAGUUGCUGGCUAGUGCCCCGGAAGACUGUCCAGCCUAAGAAGCUGUGUGGCAGAUGUGGGGUGUCCAUGGGCCCCCUGGCAGGCCCGACUCAGGCCAUGUAAGCUGUUCUUCAUCCAGCUGAGCCAGUUCUGCCUCAGUUUCCCCAGGAAAAGAAGGGACAGAACUCCCAGGAGUGACAAGAGAUCCAGCCUGCCUCCUCUCUGCUGCCUCCUAUUCAAGAAUCGCAGUGGGGAGAUGCAGGCCUCAGCCCCAGAGCCCCUGGCUAUGGAGUCACUGGCCCUGUUCUGUCCCUUUCCCAAUCAGGCUUGGCUGGGACCCAAAUAAAGGAAGUUUUCAGGACCGGUCCGUGUUAUUUGCUCUGGGUUCCCUGUCACGGUCUUGGGAAGGAGGGAAAAA